AUGGAUUUGGGAGGCUACCUAGGGAACUCGCAAGUAACUGGUUUCUCGGUUGGAUUUUGGAGGCUCUUCAAGGAUCUGCAGGUCAAAAGGGUAACUGGUGGAUUUGGAAGCUCUUUAGGAUCUGCAAGUACAGGAACUGAUGGAUUUGGAAGUUCUUUAGGAUCAGGUUUUGGCAGCACUACUGGAUCUUUAGUGGGAGACUCUUCCACUGCAGGUUAUGGAGGUUCCUCAACUGCAGGACUUGGUGGUUCUUCAGACUCUGUUCUUGGUGGAAUUAGUGUUACUCCUGGAUCUGACUUCGGCAGUUCUCUAGGAUCUGGUUUCAGUACAACUGUAAGUACUAUUUCACCAGGAACCCCCUCAGGAGCCAGUUUUGGUGGAUUUGGAAGCUCUUUAGGAUCUGCAAGUACUGAUACUAGUGGAUUUGGAAGCUCCCUAGGAUCUUCAAGUACUGGUUCUAGUGGAUUUGGAGGCUCUUUAGGAUCUGCAAGUACUGGCACUGGUGGAUUUGGAAGCUCUUUAGGAUCUGCAGGUACAGGAACUGAUGGAUUUGGAAGCUCUUUAGGAUCAAGCUUUGGCAGCACUAGUGGAUCUGGAUCAGGAGGUUCUUCAAGUGCUGGUUAUGGAGGUUCCUCAGCCUCAGGACAUGGCGGUUCUCUAGACUCCAACCUUGGUGGAAUCAAUGUUACACCUACUUCUGACCUUGGCAGUUCUUUGGGAUCUGGUUUCAGUACAACUGUAAGUACCAUUUCUCCAGGAACCUCGCCAGGAACUAGUUUUGGUGGUUCCUCUGGUUUGGGAACUGGAUUUGGAAGCUCCCUAGGAUCUGCAAAUACUGGUAUUGGUGGGUUUGGAAGCUCAUCAGGAUCUGCAGGUACAGGUACUGAUGGAUUUGGAAGCUCCUUUGGAUCUGCAACUACUGGUGGAUUUGGAAGCUCCUCAGGAUCUACAAGUACUGGUACAGGUGGCCUUGGAAGCUCUUUAGGAUCAGGUUUUGGCAGCAUUACUGGAUCUGGGGUAGGAGAUUCUUCAGCAGCAGGACAUGGCAGUUCUUUAGACUCCAAUCUUGGUGGAAUUAGCGUUACUCCUGGCAGUUCCUCAGGAUCUGGUUUUGGCACAACUCCAAGUACUGUAAUUACUGCUUCGUCGGGUCCUGGGACAAGUUUUGGUGGUUCCUCAGGAUCUGGAUUUGGUCAAACUUCUACAUCAGGACUAGGUGAAUCUUCUGUAAGUUCUUUUGGAGGAUCCUCUGGAUUUGGCACUGGUGACUCUUCAGGUUCUUUAGGUUCUGACUUUGAUAUCUCUUCAACUGUAGAUGUCAGAGAUUCUAUUGGUAGCUCACCAGGCGGUGAAUUUACCAUCUCCUCUGGAUCUGGAUCUGGAUCUGGCUUAAGUGGUUCAUCUUUAGGUAUUUCUGGAGGCUUGAGUGGACAGUUUGGUGGUUCUUCCAGUGGUGCCAUUGGCAGUCCUUCAAGUACAAGUACUAGAGAUUCACUUAGUGGUUCAUCUACAAGCGGAUUUGGUGGACUAUCUGGAGGAAAUUUAGGUGGAUCAUCUACUGGUGGUUUUGGAGGAGCCUUAAGUGGAAGUAAUGGAAGAUCUUCAGGAGUGGCAUUUGGUGGUUCCUCUCCUGCAGAAUAUGGGGGUGUUAGUACAGGUGUUGGUGGUUCGACUGCGGCUAGAUUAGGAAGCUCUCUAGGAGGAAGCUCAGUUAGCUUAUCACCUGGUGGAUUUGGGGGAACUUCUAGUGGAACUUUUAGUGGCUCAACUACUAGUGCAAAAGUAGGGUCUCUUAGAGGAAGCUCUGUUGGAUCACCUAUUAGUGGCCAAGGAGGGUUUUCUAGUGGGGGUGCUGGCGGAUCUAGGGGAUCAUUAGUUGGAAACUUAGCUGCAGCUUCUAGAGGAUUCGAUGGCCCUUCAGCACCUGCAGUCCCUAUCCUUGUGGAUGAACGUGACGGGCCUCAUGGUGACGGUGUUUACAGCUUCAGAUUUGAGACUGGUGAUGGCAUUCUUCGUCAAGAGCAGGGAUUUCCACAAGGUGAAACAGGAUCUGUGGCACAGCAAGGGGCUUGGUCAUUCACGUUCCCAGAUGGAACUCCAGCUAACUUCCAGUUUGUUGCUGAUGAAGGCGGCUUCCGCGUAGAAUCUGACCUCCUGCCAACUGCUCCCCCUCUUCCAGCUCAUGCUAUUGCUCAGAUUGAGAAGGCAGCUCUAGAGGAUGCUGCUGCCGCUGCUAGUGGAAACCGCGGUACAUUUGAAGGAUCUCAGUUUGCUGGUUCUGGAUCUGGUUUUGGAAUCCAGCCAUCAGGUUCCAGCCGUGGAUCUCAAGUAUCUGGUAUUGGGUCUGGAUCUCAAUUUUCAAGUUCAGGUUCUGGGUCCCGGUCACCUGGCUCUCCUUCUCAGUUAUCUGCCUCUGGGUCUCGUCAAUCGAUCCAACCCGUGCCAAGUCUCGUAUCUCGAUCCCCAAGCAAGACCUAUGGAUUGCCAUAACUGACGGUGAAGCACAUUCGAUAAUGCUCACUACUAUGUGAUACUCUGUGGCAUGACAACUUUGUACUGCUGAACCUUACCCUUACGUUCCUUCCCUACUUUUAUGAAUCAUAUCAUUAUAAAAUACGCAAUGGUGGUAUGACAAAUGUUUGUGUCUAGUCACUCAAAGCUUUGGCAUUCUGAUGAUCUAUUUUCAUACGGACACUCAAGACAGAUCCCCUGUACUGUUAAUUAUAUAAUAAAAAAAAAUAAAACUUUUACUGUUCGAA